CGCAAUUCCUGUUACACCCCUUUGGCAGUUGUCAAAAAUUUCCGAAAUGUUAUCACUGUUAUCAGCAAUUUCUACUCCUAUGAAAAAUAAAUGAUCACACAUUAAACCAAUAAAAUUCUUAUCUAAUCACAAAUGGAGACUAGCGCCAGUUUAUUUCGAAUUGUUCACAUGGUAAAGUGACGUAGUGGAGGUGUGUGCUUGCGGUUAACAGUUUUGAAGGUUAUAUACGAGAGAAAUGGUUUCUUCAGAUGAGGUUCCUCUAAUUGGAGUAAUAGACGCCGGCACUAGAACGGUCCAAUUUUGUGUUUUUCGUAGUCAGCAUACUCAGGAAAUAGCCGGUCAUGCCAUAGAUAUAACUCAACAUACACCUCAAGAAGGAUGGUUUGAGGAAGACCCAAAUGAAAUACUUCAGGCGGUGAAAACCUGCAUGAAGAACGUGGUGAACCAGAUAGGAGAUAAAGCCUGUAAAAACAUUACAACUAUUGGCAUUACCAACCAGCGAGAAACGACAGUUGUUUGGGAUAAAACAACAGGGCAGCCUCUAUAUAACGCAAUCGUUUGGAAUGAUAUCAGGACAGAUUCCACCGUAGACAUAAUUCUAGCAAAAGUACCUGAAAAUAAUAAAAAUUACUUUAAGCCACUUUGCGGACUUCCAAUUUCGCCGUAUUUUAGCGCGUUUAAAUUGAAAUGGCUAAUGCACCACGUGCCUGAAGUAAAGAAAGCGAUAAAGGCGAAAAAGUGCCUUUUUGGUACGGUUGAUACCUGGCUAUUAUGGAACUUAACGGGAGGUCCAAAUGGUGGACUGCACAUAACAGAUGUCACAAAUGCCUCAAGAACAUUCCUAAUGAACAUAGAGACUUUUCACUGGGAUCCUUUGCUUUUACACACCUUCAAAAUUCCAGAAGAAAUACUACCGGAAAUUCGCAGCAGUUCGGAAAUCUAUGGGAAAAUUUGUGGGGAAGAUUUUCCCCUGCAAGAAGUUCCGAUUUCAGGAAUUUUAGGUAACCAACAAUCGGCGCUAGUAGGCCAAAAUUGUUUCAAAGAAGGUCAAGCAAAAAAUACUUACCGUAGCGGAUGUUUCCUUCUAUAUAAUACAGGAACAAAUAGAGUACAAUCUAGUCAUGGUUUGGUCACGACAGUUGCGUAUAAAUUCGGAGAUUCUUCACCCGUAUAUGCCUUAGAAGGUAGCCUUGCCGUUGCCGGUUCUGCCCUAUCUUGGCUCAGAGACAAUAUGGGUUUCCUGAAAGACGUCCAUCAAGACACCGAACAUCUCGCCAAAGAAGUGUUCAACACUGGUGACGUUUAUUUCGUCCCAGCUUUUACAGGCCUUUAUGCACCUUACUGGCGGAAAGAUGCUAGAGGGAUAAUAUGCGGGUUGACGGCGUUUUCAACAAAGCAGCACAUCAUCAGAGCAGCUUUAGAGGCGAUCUGUUUCCAAACUAGGGAUAUUUUAGAAGCCAUGAAUAAAGAUUGUGGUAUUCCAUUAACGAAGUUAAACGUGGACGGGAGAUUAACGAGAAACGAUUUAUUGAUGCAGUUACAAGCUGAUAUUAGUGGUAUUCCUGUAAUUAGAGCUCAGAGUCAGGAUAUUACGGCUUUGGGAGUCGCUAUUGCGGCUGGACAAGCGAAAGGGAUCGAAGUAUGGGAUUUGAAUGCAGAAGACCGAGAGGUAAUUCCGAGUGAUACAUUCCUCCCUACAACGACAGAAGAUGAAAGAGACUCGAGAUAUACGAAAUGGAAGAUGGCAGUCCAGAGGUCACUAGGUUGGGCAGUUCCUAAGAAAACAUUCACCAUGACCGAGGAAAGAUACCGACUUUUGGCUAGCAUUCCAGGGAGUUUAUACAUUAUCGGCAGUUUUGGCCUUUUGGCCUUGUCAGAAUAUCUCGCAAUUAAAAAUUUGACCUAAGUAACAAAAUUGGCGUUUUGUAGCUAUUUAAUUUUUAAAUAAUGGCAAAGGACACAGUAGGUUAUUUGUUGAUAUUUUAUCUUUAUUGUUGUGUACUUAAUUUGCUUUGUUUGGUUAAAAUAAAUCUAUUAG